CAAACUUGCCUAUUCCUGAAGAUUUCAUUAGAAGCGAAGCAAGGAAAAAGGGGGCAAAAGUAAAGGAAAUCGCUAAUCUCAGAAGAAAACUCAUUUGGUUGGUGAGAUCGGAUGGACCUGCGCUAUUUUCGGAUGCAAUGAGAAUCAGAUUUCCUAUAUAAUGCAGAAGUUAGCUGCUUGCUUCUGCUUCAAAGCUCGAGUCUCCGAGUUUCGUAAGAAGGAUCACAACGAUAUUCAGAUAUCUGAACCGCCCAAGAUGGAACGAUCAACUUUCAAUGACAACAAAAGUCAUUCUGAGAAACCAACAGGUAUUAUGAUCAAACGUGAAGAAGGAACGCGAGCCAAUAUCAUAGUAAACCAUGAUUUCUCUAAAGGGCUUGAUUCUUGGCAUGCAAAUUCCUGUGAGGCUUCCGUUGUUUCUGGUGAGCCAAGUUGCGGUCAAGGGCUGUCAGCAUUCUGCAAUGGUAAUUACGCGGUUUUAACAAAUCGCAAAGAAUGUUGGCAAGGCCUUGAACAAGAAAUCACAGGUAAAGUUGUUCAAGGAAGGAGCUAUACCGUUUGUGCUGAUGUUGGUGUGUCGGGGCUUCUUCAUGGAUAUGUUGAUGUCCAGGCCACUUUAAAACUAGAGAAUAAAGAUUCAGCCACAAGCUAUUUGUUCAUUGCAAGAACAUCUGUUACAAAUUACCAGUUGGGAAAGCUGGAAGGCACAUUUACAUUGGAAAAUCUUCCUGAUCGGAUUGUGUUUUACAUAGAAGGUCCUUCUCCUGGUAUUGAUCUUCACAUAAAAUCAGUAGUUAUCUCCUGUCCAACUGCCAGUGACUUUGAUGAUAAGGUCAAGAAGAGCACUGGUUAUGUGAGGGACGAUGAGGGUAACAUCAUAUUAAAUCCAGUGUUUGAUGAUGGCCUCAAUAAUUGGUCUGGAAGAAGCUGUAAGAUUGCUAAACAUGAUUCCAUGGCGAAUGGGAAAAUUGUUCCCAAAACUGGGAAAUUCUUUGCGGCUUCCACAGAAAGAACACAAACAUGGAAUGGAAUUCAACAGGAGAUAACGGGAAGAGUGCAGAGGAAACUUGCUUAUGAAGUUACUGCUCUAGUUCGUAUUUUUGGGAACAAUUUGUCCAGUGCUGAGAUACGGGCUACGUUAUGGGUACAGGCACCAGACCUCCGUGAAGAGUAUAUUGGCAUUGCCAACAUUCAAGCGACGGACAAAGAUUGGGUACAGUUGCAGGGGAAGUUUGUCCUGAAUAGCGCAAUAUCGAAGGCGGUUGUUUAUCUAGAAGGCCCACCUCCAGGCACUGAUAUUCUACUAAAUAGUUUAGUAGUAAAACAUGCAAGAAAGGCUCUUCCCCAUUUUCCUCCACGAAUUGAGAAUUCAGCUUUGGGUGUCAAUAUCAUAACCAACAGCGCAUUCAUUGACGGGACUAAUGGUUGGUUUCCUCUUGGCAAUUGUAAUCUAAGCGUUGGAACCGGUUCACCACUUAUACUUCCUACCAUGGCUAAAGACUCUCUUGGACCUCAUGAGCCACUUAGUGGAAACUAUGUCCUGACGACUAACCGGACACAGAACUGGAUGGGCCCUGCUCAGAUAGUCACGGAUAGAAUCACACUUUAUUUGACAUACCAAGUGUCAGGAUGGGUCCGAGUCAGUUCAAUCGUCGGAGGGGCCCAGACUGUGAAUGUUGCUUUCGGAGUGGAUGACCAAUGGGUUAACGGCGGUCAGGUGGAAGUUGUUGAUGACACGUGGCACGAGAUCAGUGGAUCCUUUAGGAUCGAGAAGCGGCCUGGCAAGGUUAUGGUUUAUGUGCAAGGUCCUGCACCCGGUGUUGAUCUUAUGGUUGCUGGCCUUCAAAUUUUCCCUGUUGAUCGACGAAAAAGGUUCAAAUAUUUACGUGAACAAACUGAUAAGGUAAGAAAACGUGAUGUGAUAUUGAAAUUCACUGGAUCCGACUCCAUUUGUCCAUUUGGAACGUUUGUGAAAGUCAGACAGACAGAGAACACCUUUCCCUUCGGAUCAUGCUUGAGCAGAAGCAACAUAGAUAACAAUUUCUUCGUCGAUUUCUUCGUCAAACAUUUCAACUGGGCAGUCUUCGGAAACGAACUGAAAUGGUACUGGACCGAACCGCAAAAAGGAAAACUUAACUAUAAAGACUCAGAUGAUCUCCUAAACUUCUGCAAUACUCACAACAUCAAAGCAAGAGGCCAUUGCAUAUUCUGGGAUGUCGAUGAAACCAUCCAAUCAUGGGUGAAAGACCUAAACAAGAAUGACUUAACAACCGCAGUUCAAAACCGCCUCACAAGCCUUCUUUCGCGAUACAAAGGCCAGUUCCAGCACUACGACGUUAACAAUGAGAUGCUUCACGGUUCAUUUUUUCAAGACCGGCUCGGUAAAGAUAUUCGGGCAAACAUGUUCAAAACCGCGCACAAAUUGGACUCAUCUCCAAUUCUGUUUGUGAACGAUUACCAUGUAGAAGACAGGUGCGACUUGAAAUCCUCUCCCGAACAGUACAUCCAUCAUAUCCUCGAUCUCCAAGAACAAGGGGCGCCAAUUGGAGGGAUUGGGAUUCAAGGACAUAUAGAUAAUCCGAUUGGGCCGAUUAUUUGUUCUGCUAUUGAUAAGUUAGGGGUUCUCGGGCUUCCAAUAUGGUUUACUGAGGUGGACGUUUCAUCGAGCAAUGAGUAUGUUAGGGCCGAGGAUUUGGAAGUUAUGCUACGUGAGAUGUUUGCUCAUCCAGCUGUUGAUGGUAUAAUGUUGUGGGGAUUUUGGGAGUUGUUCAUGAGCCGAGAAAAUGCUCAUUUGGUGAAUGCUGAAGGUGAAAUUAACGAAGCUGGGAAGAGGUAUAUCGAUCUAAAGCAAGAAUGGCUCUCGAUGGCUAAUGGCCAUGUUGACGAGGAAGGGCAUUUUGAGUUUAGAGGAUUCCAAGGGAAGUAUGAAGUUGAAAUUUUAGGACAUUUUGGGAAAGUUUCUAGAGAGUUCUAUGUUGCUAAAGGCACCUCACCUAUAGUGAUCCCCAUUGAUCUCUAGUUCCAAAUUGUAAUAAUGAAACUUAUUUUGCUAUAAUUCACCAAUAAUAAUAAUAAUAAUAUUAUUAUGUCACAAAUUACAAUA